AAUUAGCGGUGUCUGCGCAAUUACGCACAUGCGCACUGGGCGUAAUCUCAGCCAUUUUUUGAAGGAAACUAAUUAGCAGGAAUAAAGAGCCAAGUGUUUUUCCUCCCACAGUGAUCAGAACUCAUUCUACCUCUGGAGCUCGCACAAACCCCUCCGUCCCCCAUCUUCUGUUUACUACAGCCUAUAUGUAGCUUUAAUUACACUGUUGUUUGGUAACAACUUGGACCCCGCUGCUCUCUCUCCCUCUCCCCGUUUUUUCCCCUCCUGGCUCCGUAAAAACGCAGAGGAUCAUUCAUAAGGAAUGAGUGGGCUCUCUAUACGAUUGUUUUCUGGACUACUACACAUUCAGCGUACGGAGCUUUGUACCAGAGUCGCUGCAGAGAUGUGGGGCAGUAAUGCGUGGCAGCUGUAGCCUCUGGUAUGGACAGCGGUGAGGGAGGAGGAGGGGAUGGAGGGGGAGGAGAGGAGCGAGAUGCUGACCUCAGUCCCCAGGCUUUAUCUCUUCCUCUCCUGACCCUGGCGGUCAUUCCUGAGCAGGGGUCAUCCUCUCAUACCUCAGCCAUGGCCCCUGCCAAAGAGCCCAUGACCCUGCCUCAGCGUGAGGAGGAGGGUGCAGAGGGGUCCCAGGCUAGAGAAGAGACCCGGGGUAGUGAGCAAAAAGAAGGAGGCCUACACUCGCAGGAGAAUGGAGCGCGUCAAAAGCAGGGGAUGAAGGAAGACUUUGGGGAGGGCUAUUUGUCAGGGCAAAGGAAGGAAGAAGGGGAGCUUCAUGUAGGUGUGGGAGAGGCAUCAGUUGCAGGGGGCCUCCCAGCAGCCCUCAUCAGCAGAGGCGGAGAGGAGGAGAAGGAAGAGGAGGAGGCCAUCUCAAACCAAAGCCAAACCAAAUCCAAAUGUUCUUUAUUACCUCAACAGAGCCAGCACAGCUCUUCUUCCAGCACUGCAAAAGCCAGUGGCACACUCGACAGCAAAAUAGCCGCCUCUCCAAAGCCCUCCCCCACUUCUUCCCAGUCUCCAAAGCCCUCCCCCUUUUUCCCCAUCUCUCCAAAGCACUUCAAUUGUCCGUCCUCUUCUUCUGCCCUGCUGAGCGAGACAGAGGUAAAAGACAUUAAGGGAGAUCAGGGCUGGAUUUCUGGGUUUUCUCAGAGCUUUAGAUCCCAGCAGUCUUCUCUGGCUUUUCCGCUGGCAGGUACGGAACCUGCCAGUACACCUGCUGAUGAUGAUGGGCCGGCAGGGGUUCCUCAUUCUUCCAUUUCCAAUGGAGAUGGUGCCAAAGCUCCAGAACCAAAUGACAACCAGCUAGACAUGGAGGUGGAUGAUGAGAGAGACAAAGAAGAUGAACAGAAAGAAGCUGUCCUUAAAAACCUCAACCAAGACCUCUCUCCUAAUUCACUGACUAGUCACAUGACCAUAAUGCACUCACGCAAUUCCUGCAAGACCCUGAAAUGCCCAAAGUGUAACUGGCAUUAUAAGUCUCAGCAUACACUGCAAGUCCACAUGAAGGAGAAACAUCCAGAGACGGGAAGCCAGUGUGUGUGUGGCACCUCUGGGGGAAAGUGUGUGUGUGGUGGCGCAACACGGGGAGUAUGUGGAUACUGCAGUUCGGGAAAACCUCAUCCUCGCCUAGCCCGAGGUGAAACCUACGCCUGCGGGUACAAGCCCUACCGCUGUGAGGUGUGUGACUAUGCUACCUCAUCGAAAGGCAAUCUCAGCAUACACAUGCAGUCCGACAAACACCUUAACAAUGUUCAAAAUGGUGGGCAUCCAAAUGGCCACAUGCACACCUCUCCCAUUACCAACAACGGCAGCUCCUCCAACGGUCAUGCAGUGGAUGAGCAGCCGUACACCAAGGUCCCAGUUUCUAUUCCCACGCCUACAACGCAGUCCGCCAAGCUCACGCCGCCCACACACUCGCACUCACACGGUAAGCGGUGGCGGUGUGACGUGUGCGACUAUGAGACCAGCAUUGCCCGCAACCUGCGCAUACACACAACCAGCGAGAAACACACACACAACAUGCUGCGGCUCCAGAGGGGUUACUACCUGUCUCACUGCAGGAGUCUUGCCCCGCAGUUUAAACACCUACAAAGUGCAGGUGCUGAGCUCUCCUUGAACAUGAGACUGACCAGUCAACAAGUUGCAGAACAACCAGUCACUCUCGGGUCUGCGCUGACUCCUUCUCCGUCCCCCUCACCAUCCCCACCUCCGGCCCCAUCUCUGUCCCCCACUGGACCCCUGUCCCAGGGCGUGUUCCAGUGCCUUGUUUGCUCCUGCUUUUCAUCCGACAGCUUAGAGUCUGUGGAACAGCACCUGAAUGCUCCCCGCUCCUUGCCCCAGUCUGAGUGGUGCUCCCUAGUCACAGGUGGUUGCCACUGCAGACUGUGCGGCUACACCACCCCGCUGAGGGCUAACUUCUCCUUGCACUGCCAGACUGACAGACACCGCACCCGGUACCAGCUUGCUGCUCACCUGCAGGAGGGCGGAGACAGGGGUCAGGAAGGGGCUGCUCUCGUUGCUAAGGGCAACCCCGUCCAGCUGAGGUGCAACCUGUGUGACUACGUGACCAGCAGUUUGGAGAAGCUACGGGGGCAUUCCCUCAGUUCACACCAUGAGGCAAGCGUCCGGGUUUACAGAUUCCUGCAACAGUAUGAUGGUGAGGUUGAUGGAGGUUCGUGGCUGUUCCAUUGUCUUCUAUGCAACCACUCCUCCUCUUCUAAACUCCAAGUACUGAAACACAGCCAAACCCCAACCCAUCAGCAGAGGGAAGGGCUACUACAGCUGCAGCCAAUGGGCGGAGAGGAGUUGGCCGCCAUUUUUACCAUCAGGAAAAGCCGUGAUUGUGUCACAGAAGAGCUCGGUGACGAUAUGGAAGCUUCCAGUGAGACCAGCACUGGUCCUUUGGACACAACCAAAGACACAUGUAACUUGGGGACAAAGAAGAAUUCGAAUGAGACUGAAGAGACAAAGGGGGAGGAACGAGAGAAGAGGGAGUCGGUACCCUCAGUUAAGCGUCCAUCUUCUGGAUGCGGGGAAAUGGAAAGCUCCAUCUCAGCCAAACGCCCCCGAACACACCAGCAAAAUGAGAACCAGCAGACUGUCCAAUGCCCUUUGUGCCAGGUUAAACUCUCAUACGUACACCUUCGACAGCAUCUCACGCAUGUUCACAGUGUGGCGCAGGACUGUGUAGACAAGCUCAUCAGCACAGUCGCACCAUCCGUGGAACAACUGCAGCCUCAGCUGGAGACGGAACUACAGACAGACUUGGACACAGAUGAUAUUCAGAAAAAAAAUACGAAGAAUAAAAAUGGGAACGGUGCCCUGACCGAUUCACCGAAAAAUAAAGGCAUUUCAGUGGAGAACACUGAGGAAGACGUCGCCGCACCCAAAGAUGUCACAGCUCUUCUCACCCCACCCCUAGAAGACAACACCACUCACCCUUCCAAUGGCAGACUAGCUCCUCAGUCCCCGACUCAGAUCCCCCCCUCUUCACCACCCACCUCCCCUCCCAGCGAACCGCCUCCCCUCUCAGAUCGUCAUGGUUACCGGUUCCGUUGCAGCAGGUGCAGCUUGGCGUUUCCCACUCAGGAGAAGCUCCAGCUGCACUGGCAGUACCAUGCCAUGAGGGCGGCGACAGAGUGCCCCCUCUGUUCUAGACAAUGCCGCAGUCAGGAGGCCCUGCAGAGACACAUGCAGAACACACACUCACAGCUGGACAACACACAGGGAUUGAAUACACUCUUGCCACCUCAUACUGUGCAAUACAUGGAGCAGAAUACAAAUUCAGUUCAGCAAGAUUUUAGUCUGUCCCCUCAAGUGGGUCAAGAAGCAGGAGAGGGUGAUGAUGAUGAUGAUGAUGAUGAGAUUAACGAUGAAGCAUUGGGCAUUGAGGGAAAGGAAGAAAAAAAUGAAGAAAUUAAAAUUAAAGAGAAGGAUGUGGUCUCCGAAGAUGAUGGAGGUGAGGAGGAUUUGACAAAACCAGAUAAAAAGCCACUUGAGGAGAUAGAUUCAGAACCUAGUUUGAGCUCUCUUGUCAAAAAGAGCUCUAACCCCUCAUUAGACCGUUAUCUGGAUCCAUCCCGACCCUAUAAAUGCACCAUAUGUUCUGAGUCUUUUACACAAAAAACGAUUCUUCUAGUCCACUAUAACUCUGUGUCCCAUCUCCACCGGGCCAGACGAGCCAUGCAGGACUCUGGCACAAGUGUUGCUUCUUCAGAGGCUCCCCGUGGUCCAGAUCCUAGACCCUACCGCUGCCGAUUGUGUGGUGUGGGCUACAGUCAGAGCUCCACAUUGGACAUACAUCUUCGCUCUGUCCUUCAUCAAACUAGAGCUCGUGCUGCUCAAAACCCAGCUCAACAGACCCCAGCAUCUACUGCAACUGUUCCAGUGUCAGCCCCCACCGCUGCUACGCAGACUACUAACACCAGAGACGAGAAAUCCAAGAGUUUGUCUCUCACAAAGAAGCCAGGCUUGCUAACUGAGGCCCAACCAACCGUCUCGAACACAAUAGACAGCCAGCAUGCUAAAAAGAGAGUGGCAGAGCUUCUAGCAUCAAGGAACCAGCUAAUGCUAAUACAACAGCAGCAGAUAGCACAGGCACAAGUUCAAGCUCAGUUACAACAGCACACAGCUUUGCUCCAGUCUCAAACGAUGCAGCAUCUUUCUUUACCAGAGAAUCUCCUUAAACAACACUUCUCCUUGGCACCGGACAAUUUGUUUUCUCUGCAGCAGCAACUUCUUCUGCCCUUUUACUUGUCAGGAGACAUGAAUCUUAACACAGAAUUAAAUGUUAAGAGCCCAGAACUUAGUCACUUAGUAUUGACCAACUCCAUCCCGAAAGAUCAGGUUAAGGCAGAGGCUGAAAGGGAGCCUCAAGCAAGUGAGAAACAAACCCAGAAACAAAGUUCAAAUUUGUCGGUCAACCACCCAAAAGAUUUGUGUUGUGAAGCCAAGGUUGAUACAGUUUGUGGUGGGCCCUCCAUCAACCAAAUGGGAAGAGAACACAGCACUUCUAGUCUUGGAGAAGAAAAAGGCAAAAUGCAUGUUCCUAAUGUUAAGAAUGAGAGUCAGAAGGAGGAAGGGGCAUCUUCUUCAUUUAACCUUCUUGGACCACAGUGUCCUCCUCCUAGAGUGCCAUAUGCUGCUGCAAACGGUGAACCUCUUAGAACACUGUUGCAGAGUUAUGGCUAUGAGUUGGCACUGCAGUAUAUACAAAGUAGACACAGGCACCAGCAGCAAAUAGCAACUCAAAUAAUACUAAAUAAGCAAGAUUUCUCUGACAUGAACAAGGCAGAAGAGGAGGAAAAAGAUGAGUUUAAUAAAUUACAUAACAGAAAUAUGGAAGACAUUACCAAGGAUAACAAAGGAGUAAAAGUUAAUGGAGUGAAUGAUAGCUUCCCACCAGAGAACAACCAACACAAAGACAAAGAAUUGGCAAACAAUGGGAAAAAGUGCUGUGAAAAGGGAGAGAAGUGUAGAGACUGUGGCAAGUUUUUUUCAGAUGCCUUGAUUUUAAAAAGCCACCAGGAAUACAUCCAUAGCAUGGUGUUCCCCACUGCUGCACUGGAGAGGUUUUCCAGAGAAUACAGGCUGCAGUAUGACCAAAUGUACCCACUCGCUCAGUCUAAAUCUGCAGAGAAUUCAGCUGUUUGCACCCAAGCUGCAACUCCAGCUCUGGCAACGUGCUCAGAAUCAGAUGCAGGAAUGGAACCAGUUAAGUCUGAAGUGGAAACCCUUGAAGCUCCCCCUUUACCACUGGUUUCAGAUCCCAAGGCUAAAACUACAGCUACAACUACAGACCUAACGCCCACUAUCCCUGCUCCUCCUUCUCCUCCUUCUCCCUCUCAACCUCAAGACUUUCCAAAACAAGAGGUCCCCAUCCCGAGCACAUCUUCUACAGCUACUUCUGAAACCAUAUCCCCCAUACCUCUUCCCUUACCUAAAAUACCAAUGCUCCCUCUACCGUUGCCUCAGCUUCCUAUACCGUCACUGCCCUUACCAAAGCUUCCAUUACCACCAAUUCCUUUCCCCAUGGAGCUGCCUCUCCUCCCUCCAGUUGUAAUGCAGUCUAUGUCCCUCCAACCCCAGUCUUGGUUAGACUCAAGUGUGAAUCCUGAGCUGGCAAAACUGUACCAGUCUCAACUUAACCCAGCUUUGCUAGGGCAACAGCCACAGCUUAAUACGGCUCUGCUUGCCCAGCAACCUCAGCUCAGCCCAGCCUUGUUAGGUCAACCUCCACAGCUCAAUCCUGCAUUGCUGGGUCAACCAUCCCAACCUAGCCCCAUCCAGACAGGACAGCAAAGCCAAGAGAGCCCCUCAAUACUUGAACAACAGCAGAGUAAGAGAACCCGAACCCGAAUAUCUGAAGAGCAACUGUCUGUUCUAAGAAAACACUUUGAUAUCAGCAGUCUCCCCAGCGAUGAAGAGAUGAACAAAAUGUCUGCUCUUUCUGGUCUGCCUCACAAAGUCAUCAAGCACUGGUUCCGCAACACCUUAUUUAAAGAGCGCCAGCGAGACAAGGAUUCCCCUUACAAUUUUAAUAACCCCCCUACCACAGCCCUGGAGGAGUCCAGAGAGGAAGUAGUGCAAAAUCAGCCUCUUACACUUUCACCGUGUUCACUGUCCCCAGGACUUCCGACUAACACCUCUCCACAGCCCCAGACAAUGGACCAGUAUAGAGGAGAGUCCCACAGGGGCAAACGCUCUUCUAGAACCCGCUUCACAGAGCAACAGCUUGAGACUUUGCAGGGGGUGUUUGAGGCCACUCCUUACCCCAGAGAGGAGGAAUAUGACAGGCUAUCUGCUCUGCUGUCUCUCCCUAACAGAGUCAUCGUUGUAUGGUUCCAAAAUGCUAGGCAGAGAGCACGUAAAAACCAAGACCGCGGGACAGAUGAUGGAUUGGAGGGGAAGAACCAGCUUGAUAAGAUACGCAAACACAGAAAUGGCCACUACAAGAAUGAUGAUGAUAAUCAUGAUAACAGCGGUGAGGAUGAAGGACAAGGUGACUCUCAGAAUGAAAACUCCAUGGAUCUGACUUAUGAGUAUUAUACCCACCCUGACUCCCCUGGCCUUGAUUCUUCCACUCAUUGUACAGAAAGUGAGCCUCUAACCACCAAUGGAGAACCUGCUACAAGGAAACAAGAAGAUAAAACAACCUCUUCACAGGCCAACGACAGCCAAGCUCCUGUUAAUACUCAAAGUGGAAUUUCGGAUGCAGACAUCCACCAUAAAGAGUCUGUUCUGACCAUGAAAUCGGGGUCUUGUCUGAAACCUGAGGCCAUGAUUCCGCCACAAAUUGCUCCAGAAAGACCCCAGCCUCUCGCUGCCUCUUCUUCUCAAAACCAAUUACCCGCCAUGUUGUCUGUGUCUCAUUCAGAGCAGGAGCGUACACACAGUCCUCUUUCUGAUCAAGCCCUUGAAAAGUCUGGUGAUGCAUCAACCAACCACCCUCCUGCUCCCGAGUCAGAAACAAGCCACACUCAGCUGCCUGAUGCCACAGCUUGCCUGUCCACCGAAACACAACCACAAUCCCAGCUCCAAACUCAGGCUCAGUUCCAGUGCAGCCUCUGCCCAGCAUCCCUGCCAUCAUUCCAGCUAUGGCAAGAACAUCAGACCAGGCAUCUCCUGGCUGCUCAGUCCCAGGUGCAGCUCCUCCACUCUGGCUUCACAGACCGAACCAUGCCUUACAUGAUGCUACAUCCCAACCACACCUUAAUGGCCAGCCAAAUGCUGUCAGGCGCUAUGUCCCAGAUCCACCCUAAUCCCACACACUCUCUGAUUUCACACUUAAACAGCCUACAAAUGAAGAACACACUCUCUGAUCACUCAAGCAACAACCUUAACAAUUCCCUGACACAGUUAAAGCAGAGUACAAAGCACAUAUCAGAGACCAGUUUUGAGGGCCAAAGGAGCUGUAGAGACGCUGAGGAGGAACACAGAAGGGAUAAACGUCAGAGAACAACCAUCACUCCAGAACAGCUUGAAGUGUUGUAUCAGCGCUACAGCUUGGAUUCUAACCCUACCAGAGGAGUUCUUGAAAGUAUCGCGCGAGAUGUGGGCCUAACAAGACGUGUCGUUCAGGUCUGGUUUCAGAAUACACGAGCAAGAGAGAGAAAAGGACAGUUCCGGUCAAUGGGGCCAGGAUCCAGUUUCAGCUUAGGUUUUAACCAUCUGCGCUGCCCAUUCUGCAGGGCUCUCUUCAAAGUAAAGAGUGCCCUGGAUGCCCACAUGAGGUCACGCCACUGGGCAGAAGCUGAAAGGGCAGGCUACAAUUUAUCAAUGAGUAAUGGAUCCAAUGGGCAGACUGGGAUGUCUAUGCCAUCUGUCACGGACAGACCAGGCCCAUCUAUCUCUUCCCACCAUAUCCCAAAUCUUGGCUGUGUCUUCAGUAACAAAGAGUUAACUAUGAAGCCACCUCUGACUUCUUUGCCUACAAGCACUAAUCUAAACAACCCAGAGGAGGAGGACGACUACGAGGAAGAUGAUGAGGACUACCCAUGUGAGGAAAGUUCCAGUAUGCCUGACCAAGGAUGUCUGAGUCCUGAAGGAUCUGGGGGUCCCAGCUCAGACUGGGGUGAGACACAGUCUCUGCAGCAACACCACCACCACCAGCAGCAGCGCCAGAGGACACAGAUGAGCCACUUCCAGGUACUCCAGCUCAAAGACUUCUACAGGAGCCACCGCACACCCAACCGUCACGAGUGUGAGACACUGGGCCAAGAGCUAGGACUGCCUCACCGUGUGGUGCAGGUGUGGUUCCAGAAUGCAAGAGCUAAGGAGAAGAGGGCCAGGAGCCUGAGCUCUGACACUGCUGAGAGGGAGCAGGCUGAGCUGUCAGCAGGGGCAGGGGAGAGAGACAGAGCAUAGAGAGGCAGGCUGCUUCCUUCGACUAUGUUCUCACCAAAAUCCCUCCUGCAACUGCUGUCAACCUUGAAAUAUAUACCCUGUCCACUUGCUGCCAAACCUGUAACCUGAACAGCCCAAAGAUGCAGAGCCGCACUGGCCCAAAGAGAAACUCUCUCAAAUGAUAAUAGCAGAGAGCCCAAACCAAGUCCUCUCCACCACAGCUUUUUCCUCUUUUCAUAUUGUUCCCAAACUCUCUCCUGGGUUGUCUUAUCUUGAAAAGAGCUCCUCUCCCUAGUCUGUCAGACACCUUACUACAACCAAACACCACCUUGAUAAAAAAAAAAAAGCAACCAGAUGCCACAGAGGCCAAAGAGCAUUCUCCAAGUAUGUGACCUCACUGCCCAGCUAGACCUGCAGUCUACCUCUCAGUCUGCAUGACAGACUCACAGUGGGCCCUCCACCAGACAGUGCUAGAUGACUAGCUGUGUAGCAUGUAGUGCCAGCCUAUACAAGGCUGGAAAAGAAAUUGUCAAAGAGAUUUUAGUGUAAAUAGAGAGCUCCAAAAAAUAAACUUGAAGCAAAACAAAGCCGUUGACAGUGGAAGAAGAAGAAGAAGAAGAAAAAACAACAGAACAAUGUCCUUGAAAUACACAGGGAUAUUUGCAUAGAGCUUUUGUAAAGACUGACUCAGAUUCCAAAGCUCAUAACCAAAAUUUUACAUGUCUGUGGAUUUAGUUUGAACAUGUUUGUUUUCAAUAACAAACUGCAGAGCUGACGUCUGUAUGGUGAUGGGGUGAGAUCUGCAACUGGCAUACUUUAGGUAAGCCGAGUACCAAUAGACUGACACGGUGCUUGACUGCAGUUCCACCCUUCAAAAGCCAAUGAUAAGUCUUCUGUUGUACAUGUACUCCUUCUAUGUUCCUUUAGUGGAUAACAGCCCAAAUAGCACAGAACGCAAAGGCCAGUUUGUCCUGAAUGGGGCAAACUAUUUUUUUAUAGCACUCAACCAUUAUACUGUAUAUGAAAACUUUAACCAAACUCAAAUUUACAUUGUGUGUGUUUAGUAAUAGUUUCUUAAUAUAAAUCUUAUGGAUUGAGAUAAACUGUCUUGCUUCGAUAUAAUAGUGUCAUGAUAAUGAAAAGAUUAUGACAGCUUUGAUAUGUUCAGGCAAGGUGACUACUGCCUUUCCGUUCUAUUUGAAUAUACCAAUGGCUUACCAAUGUUAUGUGAUUAAUGUAAAGCUUUCUAUGCUCAGGUCAACAGCUCAACAUGGCUCCGCUUCAAAUGUGAUCUAAAUACUGUACUUUUCUGUUUUUAAAACAGAAGAGGCCUGGUUUAACCGUGGAGUAAGUAUUGAUAGAUAUCUACACAAACAUCUCUGUAUUUCAAAGAUAUGAGCUUUUCACCUCUGAGUAAUAGAUUGUUACAAAAAAAAACUUAUUAAAACUAAAGUGUUUAAUAGUGUGAGGGGUAAAUGUACAGUAUUUAGCUUUUGUAUGGUUGACUCGAGACUUCAUUGGAUGUUUGAGACAUAGCUCUCCUUUCCACUUACAGAACGGGAGCUACUGCGCAAAGUUGAAAAAAAAAAAAAACUUCGGAUGUUAUUGAUGUUAUUUUUGUACACUUAAUUUAUUUUCCCUCCUUCUUCCUCCCUACCUUCCACUUUUCUCUCUACCUUUUUCCUCUGUUCAUUUGCAACCAGUCCUUAUUCUAUCUGUAAUAAUGAUAAUAUAACAAUAAUAGCUAAACAAUAAUUAAUGCUUUAAGACAAAAAUCCAAAGACGUGAUAAUACUUUAACCAUAUGACCUACAAAAAUAAGCGCUACUGUUUACUUGACGAUGUAUUGCUGUUUUUAAAGAAGGAAGGAGUCCCUGUAUCUAAGCUACUGUUUUCUGCCUCUCAUAAGCACACUGGAGACUGUAACCAAAACCCCAAACUAGAGCCAUGGCAGUCUGUAAUAUAGCGGUUGAAGAGUUUUACUUCUCUUGAGAAAUGUUCCAGUUUAUUUUUCUUUUAUACCAUAGUGUUGAACUUCAGCCCUUAAGGAUGUCCAGUUUGCUGCUAAUGUACUGUAGUUUCUAACGAUACUGUAGAAAGAUGCAUGCUCUGAUCGCUUUACCACUAGGCUUUAAUGACUACAAACUGUAAUGAUACCUGUGAUGCUGUUGAUAAACUGCUCCUCUGUUACUCUGUUCAAAACAAAAUGGAUAUGUGGGGCUCAAUUCCAUCAAGUUUGUUUUCCAGUAUCUGAUUAUUUACCCCAACUCAUAAGAUAGGAAUGGCUUUUGUGAUAUCAAAAAUCUUUUUUUUUUCCCAAGCCUUCAGUUUCAAAAAACCCUCAUGGGGCAUUAACUUCUCAAUGCUUGUGGAGAUACUGCAUAGUUAUUUGAAGGAGUUCAGCCCCAAAACCUUCCAUUGGCAUGGUGUCUUUCUGUGUUGCGAUGUCUCUAGGCCAUUAGUCCAGCUCAAACAGCUUUGCUGAACUCAGACUGACAUCACAGCCAACUUUUCCAAAGGAUGUGGACUGACUAACUCUGUCGUGUUUUGUUCUUAAACUAACCAAUGUUUACGACAAUACCAAUGAGCUUUCUUCUGUACAGAAAUGUGCAUUCCAAAUACCACAAAGGCAGUUUUUUGUAUACUGAUGAUUUCAAAUUUAAUUUCUCUCGUAUUCUCUUGAUCUUAGUGACUGUAAGAUGUACAUAUUAGAGUCCUCUAUGGUGAAGAGACUCUGUUAUCCUUACUGUAGGUAAAACGAUUCCUUUUCAUUUUUUUCUGGAUAUGUUGUUGCCAUAGUGAUGACCAAAAAGAUACCUGUGAUGUGCACCUGUCCUUAUGUCCUGCUCCAGUGGUUUAGUGUGUCUCUAUACUCUCCCUACCCCAGUUUUCCCCUGCUGGUGUGUGUUUCUCUCCCUUCCCUUGCCCUUACUCCACUGAGCUUAAUAAAGUCUGCUUUGGUGCA